CAUAAGAGCAGAACAGAAAUAGCAUAUUGAAGUUAUUUGCAAUCGCUUGCCGCCGUAAAAAAAUUAGUAAUGAACUCAUCGAGAGAAUGGUUUCCUCUUAUUCAGGAGAUUAAGGAUUUGUUGCCCCCACCAGCAUCUUUUUCCAACCACUCGCCAGUGGUAGACUCCGACGAUUCGGAGGAUGAGCCGCCACGAAAAGUGCGAUACGUUUCCAUUAAACCACUGCCGGAGCCAGCACACACGGAGCACACCUUAAUGAAGACCGUCGAGAAUUUAUCUGAGGCAUCGCUAGCCUCUUUUCUGCCAAAAACCGUCGAUAACAGUACCCUGGAAAGCGUGGUGAUCAAUCCGCCUACUUUUGGUCACGUGCUUCGUCCGCUGACUGAACAGCAGCUGGCUGGCUUUAGCCUGCAACCCGGACCGUUGACGGGCCAAUAUCUGGAAAAGCUUUACUCUAACGACAACCAAGGCGCUCGCUUGCAGAGUUGGGCUGACGACGAGCCUAAUCAGUCAAAGGAGAACAUGAAGCACUAAGUAUAAACAGCGACCCAGCGCAUAUCUGGAGAAGUGGGAUAUCCGACAGUGCUACAAGAACUACAUAUAAGAAAUGUACACAAAUAACGAUAGCGCGCAACAGCUGAUAAAUACAUAAAUCAUACAUUUGA